AUGUACAACUCCUUGUACAAAGCAGAGGACAAUACAGACUCCGACUCCGAUGAUGUUUAUCAACUGCCUCCAGUUUACCUGAGGGAAGAUACGCCUGCGAUGGGAACUUCAGUCAUGGCAACCCCCGUGGCGGCGACUCCAGCAAUGCUGCCGAUAAUGACUCCUCAGCUUGGCAUUACUUACAACGUUGACGGAUCUUUAGCAGCAUCUGUCGCCGCCAGACUUCAGCAGGGACGUCGGGAACGCCCCAAUGUUGUUGCCAAUGAAAACCUGUCACGAUGGCGCCAAACCAUGUUAGACAACGUUCACCGGUUGGAAAAUUUACUGCAGACAUCAAAUCCUCAUGCCCAGGCCAUCUCUAUGGAAGUUUGUUUUACCCGGGAUCUCUGUGAGCUGGGACGAGAACCCAUCAUCAUCGACCCCAGUCUGUUUGAGUAUAACAAGGGUGACUUUUUGAAUGGUUAUAUCACUAUUGAAAACAAGCUGAGAAAACCAGUUCCCUUUGAUAUGUUCUAUGUCGUAUUCGAGGGUACUAUACGCAUUAAGGGAAACUCAGGCGAAACUAAAGUUGACAACUUUUUAUCUAUGUUUGACUUCAGUGCCAGCUUCAAUGCAGCUCAGAUAAAUCGUUUAGAUACCGACGAGAACAACCCAUUUGCAUUCAACAGCAUUGUCGAUCCCCUUGACGGCUCUUGCCUUUCAUUUCUUGAAGAUCGACUCAUACAUCCAGGCAAGCGAUACAAGCGAUUUUUCACAUUCAAGAUUCCUUGGGCCUUACUAGACACGAAGUGCGAGAAUGACAUCAGCGACCAUGUUCAAUUACCACCAACCUUUGGUGGCUCUGUGGUGGGUGCACAAAUACAUAUGCAGCGACCCCCCUUAUCGCGGCAAAAUCUGGCUCAAAAUGCUGCAUCUUCCUUAAGCAUGCUGUCGAAAGACUUAGCAGGACCUAACACCUCCAUCACAUAUGGAGUAUUAGCCCGUUUCAUUGGCCGUAAACUGAAGUACGGAAUUGAGAAAGCACCCAAUCCCAAUGGGUCGCGAAAAUUGGUGAAUAGCCGAGGUGAUGAAUACAUUAUUUUGCAAGAAGAAACCGGCUAUGUCAGAGUGAUUCAACGGUCAGAAUCGUUGGAACUUUCGAACUUCAAGAUAAAGCAAGCCAUUCUGAACCAGCAAUUAGCUAAUAUUGAAAGCAGGGUGCAAGAAGUCAUACAGGAGUUUCAAAGACAUGAAUCCACUUCCAUGGACGGGCUGUCAAGUAUGGAAAAUGCAUUGGAACCUGUUGCAUCAACCGAACUGGCGAAGGAACGUCAGCUUUAUCGACAACAACCCCGUCAACAGUACUCUAAAACACCAGAUUACCAAGAGCAAGUGAAAAUUCUCACUAAACUGGUAGGUUUUGGAACGAAACGAAAACCUUACGGCACUUUAAGGAUGCACUGCAAAAAUCCACUUAUUAGGAUCGAUUACAUUCCAACCACAUGUAAUCUUCUUCGUCAGCCUGAGGAGAGUAGCAUGCUGUGGGAGUUUAAUAUAGUUCUCGAUUUUGGUUUCCUCCAAAGCAGUGGGUCUACGCGCUGUCCAGAGUUCAAGGAGCUAUCAAUUCUGCUUGUGGCGCAGACUUAUACUACACGGAAGUAUCCUAUUCCCAUGGAAUUUGCUCUGCCCAAUGUGCUGGAUAUACAGAGUCGAUGCCGAAAGCUCGCUCAAGAACUCCGAAAUGUGAAACAACAAAGCAAGGAUUUCGCAAUCGAAACCCAGCUUAUCAGCGACGUGUGGGCACUUUGUGACUUGGAGAUACAAAGCAAAGAAUUGUUUUUGCGACCACCACUGGUCAAACAACUCAACCUGAUAAAGUGGGACGCGAACAAGCAAAAUCCGCAAGAGUUUUCGAAGUCCUUUGUAAUCCCUGUUGAUUUGAAGACUCUCCAAUUGACACCUGUGACAGCCGCUUCGGCAAUCCCUAAAACUCCCGCAUAUGACAGGUUUUGUCUUGUUCCGAGUUUUCAGUCAUGCUAUGUUGGACGAUACUACUAUUUGAAGGUAACUGCCUCGACAAGUGGUGAAAUAUUUGAGAAUAGAAUACCAGUGUUUGUUAAUAAGCCGAACAAUGAUGGUCUGUGGCUUGCGUACAAACAAUAUUUGCUCAAAGCUACGCAGUCCAAAGUGUCUUGA